AUGUUGAGGGCCGGACACCGUUCCAGAUUAGUUCGGAGCAAGGUCUCGAGCUUCUUUUUGGAGCCCGAGAUCGAGAUGUUGCAGUGCUCGUUGAUGACCGUCAUGAGUAACCAAUAUCAGGACUUUUGGUUCCCGGAGUCACCGAACCGCGGUUCCGCAUACCGUUGUAUUCGGAUCAACAAGGACAAGAUGGAUCCGACAAUCGCCAGGGCAGCUGCCAUGUGCGGUCUCUCGUGCAACUUAAUCCGUUCCUAUUUGCCGGACGAGCUAACAUUGUGGGUGGACCCAGCUGAGGUGUCGUACAGGAUCGGCGAGGAGGACGGAAGCAUUUGCAUUUUGUACGAAGGGCCAAACCCUCCGGAGCCGGUCACAGCAGAACCGGAAAAUUACGGAUCUUCGAUGUCAUCAUUGUCUUCGCCCCAUUCGCUGUCUAACUCGAUGUCUACUUCGCCAGGUUCUAUGUCGUCUUCUCCGCAAUACAACAGCCAUAUGUCUCAUCAACAACAGCUACACUUGCAGCAACAACAGCACCAUUUGCAACAACAGCAUCAGCAGCAACAGCAUUACCAGCAGCUGCAACAACAUCAGCAACAGCUACAGCAUCAACAACAGCAGCACCAUCAACAACAGCAGAACGCAUCCAUGGCUCAGAUUGAUUUAGGCUGCAACCUAGGUGGUAAUCACGGUGGCAACAUUGUUGGAAACAUCAUUGGGAAUAUGGGCGGAAACCUUGGUGGCAAUAUGAUUGGAAACAUUGGUGGAAAUAUGGGUGGAAACAUCAACAGCGCUAUGAUUGGCAACAUGAGUGGACACAUGGGUGGGAACAUGGCUGGAAAUAUAGGCAAUAUGGGCGGUAACAUGGGUGGAAACAUCAGCAAUAACAUGGUUGGAAACCUCGGCGUUAACAUGGGUGGAAACCUCGGUGGCGGCAUGAAUGGAAACCUCGGUGGCGGCAUGAAUGGAAACCUCGGUGGAGGCAUGAAUGGAAACCUCGGUGGCGGCAUGAAUGGAAAUCUCGGUGGCGGCAUGAGUGGAAAUCUCGGUGGCGGCAUGAGUGGAAAUCUCGCUGGCGGUAUGAGUGGAAACCUCGGUGGCGGCAUGAGUGGAAACCUCGGUGGCGGCAUGAGUGGAAACCUCGCUGGCGGUAUGAGUGGAAACCUCGGUGGUGGCAUGAGUGGAAACCUCGGUGGCGGCAUGAGUGGAAACCUCGGUGGAGGCAUGAAUGGAAACCUCGGUGGCGGCAUGAGUGGAAACCUCGGUGGCGCCAUGAGUGGAAACCUCGGUGGCGGCAUGAGUGGAAACAUGGGCGGCAACAUCGUUGGAAACAUCGGUGGCAACAUCGUUGGAAACAUCGGUGGCAAUAUGGGCGCUAACGGAUCGUACUCCAACUACAAUUCGUCUGCCAAGCAGAAUAACACUAUGGCUUUCGUGCCAACAACAUCAUCUUACGGAUCUCCAGUACAGUUCGUACAAUCACCCUACCAAACUUACUCCACUUAUAUUUCCAGUUAA